GGUACAGAGAAUGCAGAAUUCACGGGCCAUUUGACAGAACUCCCAGGUUAGGGAUGGAACUAGCAAAGCCAACUCAGCAAGUGUGCUGAAAUGGGCUCUGAAAAAAGGUAAUUCUGGCAAGGGGAGAUCGCAAUCAGAGACCCAAGAAACGCAACGACUCAAGAGAAAGAGACUAUGCCGGCUACCUAGCAUAAGAAGUGAGGGAAUCUUUUAACCAAUAGAAUAUUAAUUACUAAGACAACUAUGUAACUUCUAGGCAGUGAACAUUAAUGCCUUUGUUUGCUAAAAUGUAUAAAUAGUAUGAACUCUUGAUUGUUUGCUGGCUUUGUGGAUUUUCCACCCAGUCCCCCUGUCUGCACAGAACAAUAAAUAAAUCAAGUACUUUGACUUUGUGUGUGAAUUGGCGUCUUGCACCCUGUGUGGAAGAAUCUGUGUUGGCACAACACUCUUCCCGGAGUAGGAAUUUCCUGCUCCGGGGCCUUGUCUCCCUGUGGCUAAAGCAGAUCCUGCUUUUCCAAGCCGAGACACCUAUGAGGGAUUGGCAGAAAACGCUAAUGAAUGCUAUGUACUGAUGCUAGCAAAGAACACCAGGUUUACUAAUUCCUUGCUGGCCCAGAGCUGUGUCCAGAGCCCGAAUUAGAGAGAUGAGAUCUGUGUGUUGCUAGCAUUGGUGGCCAGAGUUUUUCAGGAAAGUGUUGCUGAUUGCUCUAAGGGGUCUCCUGGUUCCUGAAGCUCAAAGCUUUGAAAAGCAAGGAAGCCACUUUUCUUCAAAAUAUCUUAUUACUAUGAAUGAGCAUGAAUAACAAAAACAAAAGUUCAUUAGUGUUGAACCUUUCUAUGUCAGGCUAGUUUUCUGCAUUUUUAAAAAUUUAGCCAAGAUAAUUGUUAACUGUAGCAUUCUUUUCACAGUCCGCUUGCUCCUUAUGAUAAGGUCACUGCCACCUGAGUCUCUUAGGUAAUGGCUCUUUAUUCAUAUCAUGCUUGUGAAGAAUAAUGUCCUUAAUGGCCCCCUGAAUCCAAUUUUCUUAAUCCUUAAGUUUAGUAGUUUCACAAACAUGAAACUGUAAAACAAAACUUUCCAGCUCCCUGUUUAUAUAAGGACAUAGUACCUUUGACACACUUUCCAGCAUACUUCAUGAUUUUUUAAAGAUUAAAAAAAUAUGUCGGUAUGACUAAAGUGAAAUACUGGCAUUUUAAACAGUGGUGACAAUUUAAGUUCUUGUAUGUCUGUUCAACUUGUGCUUCUUCUGGUGAAAAAUUAAUUAAAAUAACUAAUUUGUUAUUUUAAAGCAGUCAUAUUGUAUAUAGAAACUGUAACCAUGAUUUAUGAAAAGAAAUUCCUGUUUUUCAGGAAAAAUUAGAUAUGUCGAUGUAUCCUGUUGAAAGCAUUAGAAACUUCAGUAUUAUAGCUCAUGUAGAUCAUGGCAAAAGUACACUAGCAGACAGAUUGCUGGAAAUUACAGGAACAAUUUCUAAAACUGACCGUAAUAAACAAGUGCUGGAUAAACUUCAGGUGGAACGUGAAAGAGGAAUUACAGUUAAAGCACAAUCUGCAUCUCUGUUUUACGGUCAUGAAGGAAUAAACUACCUCUUAAAUCUUAUUGACACGCCUGGCCAUGUAGAUUUCAGCUAUGAAGUAUCACGGUCACUAUCUGCCUGUCAAGGUGUCAUACUUGUAGUGGAUGCAAAUGAGGGUAUUCAGGCUCAGACAGUAGCAAACUUCUAUCUUGCCUUUGAAGCACAGCUUUCAAUAAUUCCUGUCAUAAAUAAGAUAGACUUGAAAAAUGCAGACCCUGAAAGAGUUGAAAAACAAAUUGAGAAGCUGUUUGAUAUCCCUACAGAUGAAUGUAUAAGGAUUUCUGCUAAACAAGGAACAAAUGUUGAAAAAGUUCUUCAAAAGGUUAUUGAGAAGAUCCCACCACCUCAAUGUAAUACUGCUGAUCCAUUGAAAGCCUUAGUAUUUGACUCUACCUUUGACCACUACCGAGGUGUCAUCGCUAACAUUGCGCUCUUUGGUGGGGAGAUUACAAAAGGACAGAAAAUUGUGUCUGCACACACAAAGAAAAGAUACGAAGUUAAUGAAGUCGGAAUUCUGACUCCAAAUGAACAACCAACACAUAAGCUCUAUGCAGGACAGGUGGGGUACCUGAUUGCUGGAAUGAAAGAAGUAACGGAAGCCCAAAUAGGAGACACACUGUUUUUGUAUAAACAGCCAGUGGAGCCUUUGCCUGGCUUUAAGUCAGCGAAGCCAAUGGUUUUUGCAGGAAUGUAUCCAAUAGAUCAAACAGAAUAUAAUAAUCUCAAAAGUGCUUUGGAAAGGCUGACAUUGAAUGACUCCAGUGUAACUGUUCAUCGUGACAGUAGCCUUGCCUUAGGAGCUGGAUGGAGAUUGGGUUUCCUUGGUCUUCUACAUAUGGAAGUCUUUAAUCAACGUUUGGAGCAAGAGUAUAACAUGUCUGUUAUUUUGACUGCACCUACAGUUCCAUAUAAAGCUGUUCUUUCCUCAGCAAAGUUGAUAAAGGAGUAUGGAAAAGACCAGAUUACUAUUAUCAACCCUGCUCAGUUUCCUGAUAAACUUUCAGUAUCAGAAUAUUUGGAGCCAACUGUUCUUGGUACUAUUGUAACACCUCAGGAGUAUAUUGGGAAAAUAAUAACCUUAUGUCAGGAUCGUAGGGCAGUCCAGAAGGAUAUGCUGUACAUUGAUGAAAACAGGGUUAUGCUAAAAUACCUCUUUCCACUGAAUGAAAUUGUGGUGGAUUUUUAUGAUGCUCUUAAGUCUCUGUCUUCUGGCUAUGCAAGUUUUGAUUAUGAAGAUGCAGGUUACCAAUCAGCAGACCUAAUCAAAAUGGAUAUUCUUGUGAAUGGAAAUCCAGUUGAAGAACUGGCAACUAUCAUACACAAGGAUAAAGCAUAUGCUGCUGGUAAACUCCUGUGUGAACGUUUAAAAGAGACUAUUCCUAGACAGUUGUUUGAAAUAGCCAUCCAGGCUGCCAUUGGCAAGAAAAUCAUUGCCAGAGAAACGCUGAAAGCUUACAGAAAAAAUGUUGUGGCAAAAUGUGUAGGUAUUUUUUUCUCUUUUCUUCAUGUUUCUGACAUUUUUAAACCUUACAGUCAUGCUAAGAUGAUAGGCCAAUUUCUUCCUAGAAACCCAGGAAAGACAUGUUCUGCUUGUGCUCCUAAGUGUCGGUGGAAUUUUAACAGAUACUUUUUACUUUUUAAUACAAUAAGCUUGUAACCUCUUGCUGCAGCUUGAAGAAUGGACCA